AUAAACACCUCCCUUGGUUGCUUCCAUGGAAAUAAUUUAAUAGCACACGAGACCACACCCUCCGUUCUCCCACGUAUAAAUCCCGUGAGGUUGUCUCACUCCAGCAAUACAUUGAUCAAACAUACUAUAAUUCAUUUCAGUACCAGAACACUCUAAAUCAAAAUAAAGAAAAUGGCUAGUUGGUCAGCUGAAAAUGCCACCAAAGCUUAUUUCUAUGCCUUGAAAAUGGGUAAAAGAGACAAGGAGCUUGAUGCAUCUGAGUUUAUAUCAGCCCUUGCUGCAGGGAACAGUGCAAAACUCAUGGUGAUAGCGUCAGCUAGCAUUGAUGGAUCCACCACGCUGUCACUUGUAGCAGCUGCACAUCAAACAGGUGGCAAUGUAGUCUGUAUUUUACCUCCAAAAUCCAACCUUAGUGCGUCAAAAAAUGCCCUGGGACCUUAUGCAGAUUGUGUCAAGUUUGUCAUGGGAGAUGCCAAGACCCUAUUACCAAAGGACUACAAAGGGGCAGAUUUUGUACUUGUGGAUUGUGAUCUUGAUGAUUGUAAGGAUGUUCUUAGAGUUUCACAGGAGUGUUCAAGACAUGGAAAGGGGCUUGUAGUAGGGUAUAACGCCUUUCAUAAGGGAUCGUCAUGGUCUUGUGAGUUUAAGACUCGGUUUUUACCCAUUGGGGAGGGGCUGCUUGUUACCGGAAAAGACUCGGCUGGUAAGGGUACUGGUGGCGGACAUGGACAUGGGCAUGGAAAAAGAAGUAAAUGGGUCACUAAGGUUGACAAGUGCACCGGUGAAGAGCAUGUUUAUAGGGUCACUUCCCCACGGCAAGAGAUUGAAGCUUGAGCCAUAUUUUGGUCCACCGAGCAGAGUUAUCAAGGUGCCUCAAUGGGGAUGUAGAUUUUCUUUCUUCUUCUUCUUCUUCUUCUUCUUCUUCUUCUUCUUUUUUGUGGUUAGAAAGAAGAUCAGUUUCAAACUUGAAGCCUCAAGAUGUAGAUGUUAGUUGAGCUUCUUAUCUUUGUAGGAAUCUUUAUCAACUCCGGAUUGAUUUGAUGUAAAUAGCACAUGGCAUGUAACAAGCAUCUGGCUUCAUGUUUUUUAAGUAGUUGGAUGUUCUCAAUAAAUUUCAUGUGUUUUCCCA